ACCAAGGAAGGAUAUUCAAGAAUUUGGAAGAGGAAACCAGAGGAUGACGAUCUGCUGGAAAAGCUUGUGAUUGAAAAGACCAUCGAUGAAGAAACGAAGAAAAAAGAUCAAAGAAAGACACAAUAUAUUCGAACAUGGCUGGUUUCUCUAGAGAGAAUAUCAAAGGCGUUGCUUUAGCUUUGUUGUCUAGUUUGUUCAUUGGGGCAAGUUUUAUCAUAAAAAAGAAAGGUCUUAGAAGAGCAGCAGCUGCUUCUGGGGUCAGAGCUGGUGUUGGUGGGUAUUCUUACCUCCUGGAACCUCUAUGGUGGCUUGGCAUGAUCACAAUGAUUGUUGGAGAGGCUGCAAACUUCAUUGCAUAUGCAUUUGCUCCAGCAGUUCUUGUUACCCCUCUUGGUGCAUUAAGUAUAAUCAUCAGUGCUGUGCUGGCUCACUUCAUCUUGAAGGAGAAAUUACACAAUCUUGGGAUAUUGGGAUGUGUGAUGUGUAUUUCUGGUUCGGUAAUAAUUAUUAUCCACGCACCACAAGAGCAUCCAAUCACUUCUGUGCUUGAGAUAUGGAAUAUGGCAACUCAGCCAGCGUUUUUGCUUUAUGUGGGAUCAGUAAUCGUCUUAGUUUUCAUUCUGGUCUUCCAUUUCUCACCACAAUGUGGGCACACAAAUGUGCUGGUUUACACUGGCAUUUGUUCUCUGAUGGGUUCUCUCUCGGUGAUGAGUGUUAAAGCCCUUGGAACUUCUCUCAAAUUAACUUUUGAGGGAAAGAACCAGUUAAUCUAUCCAGAAACAUGGUUUUUUAUGUUGGUUGUGGCGACAUGUGUCAUCACUCAAAUGAAUUAUCUCAACAAGGCACUUGACACAUUCAACACUGCAGUAGUGUCUCCUAUUUAUUAUGUUAUGUUUACGACACUCACAAUCCUUGCCAGUGUCAUAAUGUUCAAGGAUUGGGAUGAUCAAAGUGGUGGAAACAUCAUAUCAGAAAUAUGUGGCUUUAUUGUUGUGCUCUCUGGGACCAUCUUGUUGCACACAACAAGAGAGCUUGAGAGAAGCUCGUCUUUUAGAGGUGGCGCUAGUAGCUAUUUGCCGGUCUCCCCUUCAUUAUCUGCGCGACUUUGUAGUGGAAAUGGGGAAUCGUUUAAGCACAAUGAGGAAAAUGAUCCUCCUACUGAGGAUAUUUGCUUAAGAAUACAGGAGUCCUAGUAAAUAAUAUGUUUCAAGAAGAUACUGCCCCACUUUAUUUGGCAGCAGGGCAUUGACAAUUCAAGCUCAAAACAUAGCCCAGUAGAUGGCUCGUAUCUUCUAGUUCUGAUCAGAUUAAAAUACAAGGAGUGAUUUUGGGGUGGCUGUUUAGCCAUCUCCAUGGUCGUUGGGAUUUCAGACUCUAGUGGAGUAAUGGAUAACAUAUUUAAGCUUUUCCAGGGGCUUUAAAAUUCAAUGGUGGCCAAGAUUCUGGUUCUCAAAUGUUUGUUUUGUUCAUUUGUCACAAUAAGGAAAGAUGGCUCUAUUGCUAAGUUUGGGUGCCUUAGAAGACCUGACAACAUGGACUUUUGUGAGGAACUGGAAUACUGGGCUGUUACAUCAUCAAAUCAAUUGGAACCUGGAAGAACUGAUGUGAAACUGAAGCUCCAUGGACAAAAUCAUUGGGUUUCUAUAAUUUUUUAUUCUUUUUCUUUGGCCUUUGGCUUUUGGUUUUUUUUGAUGUUCUUGUUUUCAGAGCUUUAUGAAGGGAUGAGUUGUUGUAGGGUGGUUGUUUGUUGGUAAUUCUUUGUAGUACUAUAGUUUGACAAAGAUUGAGAUUCUUCUGAGAAAUGAAUGUAAUGUAUAAAUGCCUUUAUUGGUGUUCA